GGUGGAGCAUGCGCAGUGUGGCUCCUGGAAGCUCAGCCGGGGGUGACCGAGUUUCAGCGGCUCUCAGAGCCCGAAUCGGAGCCGCCAGGAUCGGCAGACGUGCAGCGAGGGACCUGGGCGGGCGGCACCAUGAAGCCGAUGGUUGUUGCAGACUGAAGGGUAGAAGGGGAGCAUCUGCAGACAGAACACUCAUUCCUCGGAACCUGAAUAUGAUAGGUCUUUGAAUGUGGAAUGAGAAAUAUUUGUCUGUUCUCUCUGUGGGAAAAGAUUUCAUACUUCAGUGUGACUGGAAAAGCACCGAGACACACACACCUCCCCCGAGUGAGAGUGUUCCAGUGCACUGACUGUGGAAGUAGCUUUAACCAGUUAUACAGCUUGAAAAAGGAUCACACAAUUCACAGUGGGGAGAAACCAUACACACGUGUGCAUGGACAAGGCUUCAUUUGAAUGUCCGACCUGGAGAGACACAAGGGCUCCUGCACUGUGGAGAAACCGUGGAAAUGUGGGGACUGUGGGAAGGGAUUCAGAACUCCAUCCCUACUGGAAACUCAUCGACGCAGUCACACUGGGGAGAGACCGUUCAUCUGCUCCGAGUGUGGGAAGGGAUUCACUCACUCAUCUGCCCUGCUGAAACACCAGCGAAGUCACACUCUGGACCGGCCUUACACCUGUUCCCUGUGUCGGAAAGGAUUCACAACGACAUCCAAUCUAUCCACACACCAGCGAGUUCACACUGGGGAGAGGCCGUUCACCUGCUCCGUGUGUCAGAAAGGUUUCAAAACUACAUCCAACCUAUUGACACACCAGCGAGUUCACACUGGGGAGAGGCCGUUCAUCUGCUCCAGGUGUGGGAAGGGAUUCACUCAGUCAUCCCAGCUCACUGAACAUCAACUUGUUCACACUGACCAGAGACCAUUUCAGUGCCCUGUGUGUGAGAAGAGCUUUAGAAGCACAAAGCAGCUGCUGGAACACCAACACACUCACAGUGGGGAGAGGCCAUUCCCCUGCUCCGUGUGUGGGAAAGCAUUUCCUCGGUUAUUCCAUCUGCAGCAACACCAAGUAGUUCACACUGAGCAGAGGCCUUUUCAAUGCCCUGACUGUGAGAAGAGCUUUAAAAGCAGCAAUAAUCUGCGGAAGCACCAACGCACUCACUCUGGAGAGAGGCCGUUCACCUGCCCUGUGUGUGAGAAGACAUUUAAUUGUUCAUCCAACCUAUUGACACACCAGCGAAUUCACACUGGGGAGAGGCCAUUCAUCUGCUGUGUGUGUGGGAAAGGAUUCACUCGGCCAUCCAACCUCACUGAACAUCAACUAGUUCACACUGAGCAGAGACCUUUUCAAUGUCCGGACUGUGAGAAGAGCUUUAAAAGCAGCAAUGAUCUGCGGAAGCACCAACACACUCACUCUGGGCAGAGGCCAUUCCCCUGCUGUGUGUGUGGGAAGGGAUUCACUCGGUCAUCCAAUCUGCUGCAACAUCAGCGAGUUCACAUGUGACUGCAGGGGUUGGAUUCUGCUGUCAAUGCUGCUGUUAAUCACAUCCAGGACUGAACCAUGUUCAUUCUGACAGUCAGAGUUUAAUUGUCCUGUUGUUAAUAACCCCUAUAACUGGCCUGGAGUUUAAUAUUUUGAGAUUGAUUCAAUAAUUAAUCCAGUUUUAAAUACAUUAUGUUGGGUCCUUAAUUUCUCCAAGUUAAGUGGAGACUAAUUGAUGUCCUGUUACUGACUGUUCUAUAUUUGGGUCUUUCCCCCUUUAUAACUCAAUUAUUUCAGUUAUCAUCCUUUCAAUUACUCUCAGGGACAAGUCUCAGCUCCCCGUACCUUCCAGAGUGCCUGUCCUAGCCUUGGUAUUCAGGAAAGGUAUCAGUAACAUUCCUGGGAGCACUAAACACAAAAUCCAGUCUGUUAAUCACUUUCAGCUGCUGGACAUAGUGUGUGUCCUGCAGCAUCUCUCUCACCUUCGAUGUGUGAAUAAAGCAUCACACCUAUAAACCUGGUUUCAAUUUAAAUUCACUCAGGGAAUGUACUUAACAAGAACCUUUCAGUCGAUGAGACUCUGAAGCUACCGCCAUUAUAAAUCUGUAGCAAUUUAUUUCAAUCAUUUCAUGUUUAAUAUUGAAUUGGGAUUUAUUUUAUGGCAAUUUUUAGAUGUCUGGAUCAAUCAGUAUUUCUGCUGCAAAUGAUUCAGCCUUUUCUGAACACUUGGAAUAAGGUGAUGGUGAUAUCACAAAAAGAGAUCAAUGGAGCUUGAAGUCAGCACCUGACUCACACCAGGUUGAGUCUGAUUUCCUUCCACUCUGAUUAAUGUUGUUCUUAAUUGCCAUCAGCUUCACAGACCCAGAUUGGAAAUGACUGGGGGCAUUACAAACAUAGCAACUUAUAAAUUAGGAGCAGGAAUUAGCCAUUCGGCCCCUCCAGCCUGCUUCCCCCAUUCAAUAAGAUUAUGGCUGAUGUUAUUCUGGCCUCAACUCCCACUUUCCUCCCUGCCUCCGAUACCCUUUAACUCAUUUUUCAAUCAAGAAUUUAACUAACUUUGCCUUAAAAUGUUCAAUGGCUCUGCCUCCAGCUUAACUCCAGGGAGAGACAGAGAAAGGCAUCUAAAAACAGGAUAGGUCUGCUGUAAAAUAACCUGGCAUUUAAAAGUGCCGUGCCUUCAGAACAGAAGAACCUUCUCUGCUCCCUGUAAACCUGAUUCCAGCUACUAAGCUCACAUGUUUGCGUAACCUCCGGCAAUUCCACUGUGGAAGCCAUUGCAGCUGUCAAGACAAUCCUAUAACUUAAAAACCUUCAUUUCAGACAGCAGAAUAUCUCGACUUCAAAAUAUAUCAGGCCUGCACUGAGUAUGGACUAAAAUGAUCCAAUUUUAUAAGUCCUGUUCUAUCUUCAUUUGUAUCUAAUCCACAUGUGUAUGUGUUAGCAACUUUAUCUAUUCUUCAGUAAAUUCCAGAGCAAUAGAGUAAAAUAAACUAAUCAUUUAUUUUUUUAAGGAAAAA